UCCCACACUAUUAUGAGAAAUGUUGACUGCAUUAACACAGCUGCUGACUGAGCUGCUUUGAUACAAAUAACAAACACCAGCGCUUCUUCAUUUCUUUAAACUUCACCACUGCAGGACAUGACAUGCUCAUCAGCUGUCAGUGCAUGAAAUCACAUGGAGGUGCUCUUGCGCUCACAUGACAGUCAGAGCCAUGGCAGGAGAGAUCAAUGAAGGUGUUGUUCCCCUUUUAGGCUCAGUUCCUGCCUAUUACAGGGAAGUAUAUGAGGCCAUCCGCUGUAGGACAGAUGAGAGAGUGCAGGUUGAAGUUUUUCAGCGGUUGCUCCAAAGGACUGAUCUCUCCAAGACGGUUGUAGGCCAGAUUGCUGAGCAUGUUGACACCACAGAUGGAUUCCUGAGCAAGUUGUCACUUUAUAAAGCACUCGCCUUGAUUGCUCUUGCUCAGCAAGGAAAGCAACCAAGCCCCAAAUUGUUAGAGAAUUGCAUACAAGAGUUACCAAAACCUCAGCUCGGGGAGCCAAGUGACCUGAACGCAUUAAGGAUGCAACCGGCUCAGGAGGACGUUCUGACAAUGUCUCACACGCUGGAUAAGCUGCUUCUCAGGGACACAGUCCAGGUUGAGCUCAUACCUGAGAAAAAGGGCCUGUUCCUCAAACAUGUGGAGUACCAGGUCACCAGCCAGCGUUAUAAAAUAUCAGUUUACCGGCGUUACAGUGAUUUUGAUGUCUUCCAUGAGGUUUUGCUUCAGAGAUUCGCCUACAGAGUCGUGCCGGCGCUGCCACCUAAGAGAAUGUUAAAGGGAGUCCUCACCUCCGUCUCUGAGCGUGACUUCAUUGAAGGGAGGAGACGUGCGCUUUGCAGAUUCAUUAACUUGGUGGCAAGGCACCCAUUCUUCUCAGAGGACGAGUUGGUCAAGACCUUCCUCACCUUCAGUGGCUCAGAUGUUCAGACUAAGCUGCGUGACGCUUACAAGAAAACGGGUGAUGAGUUCAUGACUAACAGAAUCGCAACCCUGGCGAAGGAAUAUCUCCCCGCUGACAUUCAAGCUCAGUUUUCGACAAGCAGAGAGCUGAUUAGAAAUAUUCACAACAGCUUUCAGAAGCUGCGGGACAGAGCUGAGAAAAUGGCGGAGCGCUCUAAGGAGAAUGCAACUGAUCUUCUCAUGUUUGGCAGAGAGCUCAGUACGCUGGGCUCAGAUGCUUCGUCUCUUCCCUCCUUGGCCUCCUCACAAAGCACCUGGGGGACCCUGCGUCAGUCUCUGAAGAGUCUGUCUGUGGAGUUCGCCGUGCUGUCUGACAAAGCUGCUCAGCAGGGCAGACGGGAAGAGGAUGAUGUUGUGGAAAAACUGAAUCUUUUCCUGGAUUUGCUGCAGUCGUACAGAGAUCUCUGUGAGCGCCAUGAGAAAGGCGUGCUCCACGAGCACCAGAGAGCUCUGCACAAGUACGGUAUGAUGAAGAGGCAGAUGAUGAGCGCCACAGUGCAGCCCAAAGAGCAGGCAUCUGUGGAGCAGCUGGAGUCACGAAUUGUUCAGCAAGAGAACGCCAUUCAGACCAUGGAGCUGCGUAACUACUUCUCCCUGUUCUGCCUUCAUCAAGAGACACAGCUCAUCUUCAUCUACCUUCCAAUCACAUCCCACAUUCUGGGGGCUUUCGUUAACUCCCAGGUCCAAGGACACAGAGAGAUGGGAGCGGUGUGGAAUGAACUCCAGCCAAAGCUGGGAUGUCUCUUUGGCGGCAAUAACGGGUUGAAGCCCCCCAUCUGAAGCCUGAAUACUGGAGGUGCAGGAGAGAAACACAGCCACUGAUGAAGAUCAUAAACUGGAAAAUAACUUGCUCUGUGAGCUAAAGAAAAAUGUAGAUUACACAACUUUUUUUCUUCCUUCUACAAAGUCUUCUAUCACACCAUAUAGACUCAUUCAAUAAGAGGAUUUUUUUUAUGUAAAUGAGUUCUCAACUUAUCGACUUAUUUCAGGGUUUGAUCAUCAACCAUGUAACUGGAAAAGACAGUGUGCUCAUAAAUGUGUCAUUUUAUGCUCUGCUUGAUGAGGAAAUAAUGUAGGACGGAAAAUCCUCUAAAUGUUAUUUUACAAGGGACCACUCAGCGUGUCAGACAUUCAGCACAACAUAUUCAUGCAUUCCAACUCAUUUCCUACAGCACCUGUUCAUAACUUAACCUUGUGACAAGUUUUAUACACUAAGAAUAUGGAGAAAAAUUGAGAGGGACAGAGAGUUUGACUUUAUUAAAGGAUGGGAUUAUUUUAAAUCUCCAGUCAUGAAGGUUUUACUUACUGAAUAACUUUAGACCAAUGUAUUUUUGAUACAGAUUUUAGUUCAUAAGGAUGUGUAGCAGCAUACUUUAUAUUUUUAUGGACAAUUGUGCUAUUUCUCGUGUUUACUUUUAUAUAGAGAAACAUAUUUGCCUUCUCUGCUUAAAUUGACUCCCAGUUUUUUUAUAAGCUAUUUUGGAAGGCCUACACUCAAAGUGUCUAAUACUACAAAGGGCAGAGAUUUGAGAUUUACAGAUUAAAAAUGGCACUAGUGGCAUAAUAAUGUCGAUAAUAACACUAUAAGCUAUUGAUUUACUACCAAAGAUAAAUGAUAUACAUUAAUUAAAAUAAAAUAAAUGCAAUAAAUGUGCAGUGAAUCAUAUAACAGGAUUCCUACACAAUUAAAAUUUAAUAAUCGCUUGUAUUACUUUAAUUUUACUGGAAGGUUUUUGGCUGGAUCACUUUACAGAUGGAGGCAGUUAAAGUAAUCCUCAUUAAAAUUUGUGUAAUGAUGGGC